GAACAACCAAAAAAAAGGAAAAAAAAAAGAAAAAAGGAAAUAAUAAUUCACCCCCUUGAUAAACCCUUUAUUAAAAAAUUACUUCUCUUUCCUUCGAUCAUCGUCUUCCUCUGGUUCUCAGAUCUUUGAAACGAGAAGAACCAUUUUAAUGCUUGAAUCAGUAAAUUUAUUAUUGGAGAAGGAAUAAGGCAAAGAUGGUGAAAAUGACAUUGAUAGCUCGUGUUACCGACGGGUUGCCUCUAGCAGAGGGCCUCGACGAUGGCCGUGACUUGCCAGAUUCUGACAUGUAUAAGCAACAGGUCAAGGCUCUGUUUAAGAAUCUUUCCAGAGGUCAAAAUGAAGCUUCAAGAAUGUCGGUUGAAUCUGGCCCCUAUGUUUUCCAUUACAUUAUAGAAGGACGCGUUUGCUACUUGACAAUGUGUGACCGCUCUUACCCAAAAAAACUCGCGUUCCAAUACCUGGAAGAUCUCAAGAAUGAAUUCGAACGUGUCAAUGGGCCUAACAUUGAAACAGCUGCUCGACCUUAUGCCUUUAUUAAAUUUGAUACCUUCAUACAGAAAACCAAGAAAUUGUACCAAGACACUCGUACGCAACGAAAUAUAGCCAAGUUGAAUGAUGAACUCUAUGAGGUCCAUCAAAUCAUGACGCGGAAUGUGCAGGAAGUCCUAGGUGUUGGUGAAAAGCUGGACCAGGUGAGCGAGAUGUCGAGCCGGCUAACAUCUGAAUCUCGUAUAUAUGCUGAUAAGGCUAAAGAUUUGAACCGUCAGGCUUUGAUCCGGAAAUGGGCACCAGUUGCGAUCGUGUUCGGGGUUGUUUUCCUUCUUUUCUGGGUCAAGACGAAGUUGUGGUAAGAAAGGAGGAACCUAAGGCUGUUUCGUAAUUUAGGAGACUUGUCCGGACAUAUAUCAACCGCCGCCGGUGUAGAUCUCCUGAUUCCGGCACCCAACAUAUCUUCUUUCUUUCAAAGAGAAACUUUGACACAUUUUGUACUCCUUAGUAUGCAAACUUUAUAAGACUGGUCAUUUAUCAUCAUCAUACUCUUUAAACUUUGAUUGUCAUUUAUUUUCUCAGGUUUCUUCAAAUCAAAACCAAAAUCAAA